GUUGGAGCCUAUUGGCCUACCGAAAUGUGGUCUAUGACUAAAAAGAAAGUAAAGGUGGUAAAUGUAUUAUAUCUUAGUAAAAAUGGCAAUACGAACGAGGUGUCUAUUCUCCAUGUCAGUUUAUCAGCACUUCUCUCCUGUCUGCCAGCGAGGAGGAGGAGGAGGAGGUCUCUGUUGUUUCUUCAUUUACGUCACCCCUCUUUCAAUCCCUUCCUCCUUCCGUCCUGCUCUACAUACAACGUCAACGGGGGACACCACGUUCAAACUGGUUUCUCAUAUUAACACCCACCACAAUCACUUCGCCACCAUAAACCUCUUUUGGAACCAGGAGGAAGCCAGCAGGCGCCUGGUUAGAUGUGAGCCCAGGGAGAUGGCCAGACAGGUUGAUUCUGGCACUCAGACUGAUCCUGUGGUGGUUCUGUCUCUAGCCCAGGCUGCUGUUCUGGGGCUCAUCUCUCAGAAUGAGGUGUUUGGUGCUACCAUCGCUCCUAAUGGUUUCUACACAGGAGAACCUAAAGAGUCCCCUGCCCUGCCUGUAGAGGGGGUGGAUUACGAAUACGCUGAUCAGCUGAUAGGAGCUAACGGAGAUUACCUGGGAGACAACCUGCCUGAAGACGGACACAUGCAGCCCAGCUGUAGCCAGAGGAGGUGGCACGGACCACCCCCCGAGGGGAAGAUGGUAGGGCCCGAGCGCCAUGCUGGAGUGCCUGUGGACGGGUCAUCCCAAGUGAAAGGAGAAGGGGUUAUCACUGGCCUGACGUCCUGUGUUCACAUGCUGAACAACCUGGCUACUACUAGAGGGGGAUUGGUCCAGGUUGACCCCGCCUCUCUCCGUGCCGCCGCCCAAAAAGGCUGUGCCGAGUGUGACAGAGACAUGUCCAGCCAGCAGGCUAACACACACCCUCACACACACUCCCAGGCAGGGCACAGCCAUAAAGGGGAGCCGGGGCAUCGAGGCCUGCAGGGGCAGAGGGGGCAUCAGGAGAGAGCAAGGGAGGAGGAGGAGGAGGGAGAGCAGGGAAACAGCCUGAUGAAAGGAGGACAGGAGGAGACUAUCAGCAGCUACUUCCAGUCCAGUGAGGUGGGGGGGUAUGAGGGGGGGGAGAUCUACCAUGAGAACAGCCAGGGUAUGAUGUGGGGCAACCAGCUGGAGCAGGGAGUAGGGGGAAGAGGAGUAGCAGGAGCAGGAAGAGGAGGGACCCAUCGUCACCACGGCCGGAGGGUUGACCGUCUAGACAUCAACAUCCAGAUAGAUGAGUCGUACUGCGUGGACAUGGGGGAGGGGCUGAAGAGAUGGAAGUGUCGAAUGUGUGAAAAGUCUUACACCUCCAAGUACAACCUGGUAACUCACAUCCUGGGUCACCAGGGCAUCAAGCCCCACGCCUGCCCCCACUGUGGGAAGCUGUUUAAACAGCCCAGCCACCUGCAGACCCACCUGCUCACCCACCAGGGAACUAGGCCUCAUAAAUGCACCGUGUGUAAGAAGGGUUUCACCCAGACCUCCCACCUGAAGAGACACAUGCUGCAGCACACCGACGUCAAACCUUACAGCUGCCGCUUCUGUCGCCGUGGCUUCGCCUACCCCAGCGAGCUCCGCGCCCACGAGACCAAACACGAGCGCGGGCGCUGCCACGUGUGUUCCCAGUGUGGCAUGGAGUUCCCCACCUACGCCCAUCUGAAGCGCCACCAGACCAGCCACCAGGGACCAACUAGUUACCAGUGUACAGAGUGCAACAAGUCCUUCACCUAUCGCAGCCAGCUGCAGAACCAUCUACUGAAACACCAGAGUCCUCGGCCAUACUCCUGUUCCCACUGUGGGCUGGAGUUUGUCCAGCUGCACCAUCUCCGCCAGCACGCCCUCACACACAAGGGAAUGAAGGGUCAUAAGUGUGAGGUGUGUUCCCGUGAGUUCACCUUGUCAGCCAACCUGAAGAGACACAUGUUGAUCCACAACAGCAUCAGACCCUUCCAGUGUCACAUCUGCUUCAAGAGCUUCAUCCAGAAACAGACGCUCAAAACGCACAUGAUCGUCCACCUGCCCGUCAAACCCUUCAAAUGCAAGGUGUGCGGGAAGUCGUUCAACAGAAUGUACAACCUGCUGGGUCACAUGCACCUCCACGCCGGCUCCAAACCCUUCAAGUGUCCUUACUGCUCCUCCAAGUUUAACCUGAAGGGGAACCUCAGCCGACACAUGAAGGUCAAACACGGCAUGGACAUCUCACCUGACGGACAAGAUGCUCUUCCUGAGAUGGAGGGCCAGGGCCACUAUGAGGAGGACAACUUUGACUUUGGGACCUCAGGGGCAAACAACAACAUGGAUAAUGGAGGCUCCCAGAACCUCACCAAGCUCACCACGGCCAACAUGGACGACAUGGACAACUAUUACAACUUUGGGAAGGAUACAGCUAACUACAACACGUCUUGAGCAGUAGGAGAAUAGUGUUAAUGGACUACAGACCAUUAGACACCAUGGAUUAAUGGAGAAGAGACCAUGGGUUAAUGGUGGACUAACUGCAGACCAUGGGUUAAUGAGGAAGAGUCCAUGGGUUAUUGGUGGACUAACUACAGACCAUGGGUUAUUGGUGGACUAACUACAGACCAUGGGUUAUUGAUGGACUAACUACAGACCAUGGGUUAUUGGUGGACAUUCUACAGACCAUGGGUUAUUGGUGGACUAACUACAGACCAUGGGUUAUUGGUGGACUAACUACAGUCCAUGGGUUAUUGGUGGACUAACUACAGACCAUGGGUUAAUGAGGAAGAGUCCAUGGGUUAUUGGUGGACUAACUACCGACCAUGUGUUAAUGUAGAGGAGACCAUGGGUUAUUGGUGGACUAACUACAGACCAUGGGAAAACAGAAAGGAAAAUGCCACACUGCUGCUCAUGCUCCCAGAUAUUUAUUUAUAACGUUUCCACCCUUAGGUCUUCAUCAGGUAUCCAGGACCUAAUGGUGGAAACAUUGUUAUAAAUAAAUAUCUGGGAGCAUGAGCAGCAGUGUGGCGUUUUCCUUUCUGUUUUCCAUGAGUUUACCUAGAACUCCGGCACCUGUGGAAAGUACCUGGAUGUGUGUAUGUUCUUCAGCUUUUGUUAAUGGAGAGGACACCAUGGGUGGGGAACAGACAACAUGGCUGCCGUACUGUGGCAGUGAGAGAGACUGGGUUAGGGCGUGCUGUGGCAGUGAGAGAGACUGGGUUAGGGCGUGCUGUGGCAGUGAGAGAGACUGGGUUAGGGCGUGCUGUGGCAGUGAGAGAGACUGGGUUAGGGCGUGCUGUGGCAGUGAGACUAGGUUAGGGCGUGCUGUGGCAGUGAGACUAGGUUAGGGCGUGCUGUGGCAGUGAGACUAGGUUAGGGCGUGCUGUGGCAGUGAGUCUAGGUUAGGGCGUGCUAUGGCAGUGAGACACAGGGAGGGGGUUCAUGGACUCUUUAAGAACCAGAACUGACCUGUCCUGAUGGAGGGGCAGGACAUGCACUUCAACAGCCAAUCCGCUCCACCCGUAUCUGAUAGAAGUGACUCUGAGACUGACGAUUGGGUCUAGAAGUCCUUUGGGAUAUUCUACCAGACAUGAUUGGUCUAAAGUCCUUUGGGAUAAUCUACCAGACAUGAUUGGUCUAGAAGUCUUUGGAUAUUCUACCAGACAUGAUUGUUCUAGAAGUCCUUGGGAUAUUCUACCAGACAUGAUUGGUCUAGAAGUCCUUGGGAUAUUCUACCAGACAUGAUUGGUCUAGAAGUCCUUGGGAUAUUCUAUCAGACAUGACUAAAGACUAUAGUGACAGAUCUAAACUCUGAUAAGUUGUGGUAUGGAACUGUAUCAGCACUCAGAAAUCAGUUUUACACAGAAACAUCUUACCUACCAUGGAAUCAUUCACCAAUCAGUAUGUUUUGACAGAAGGCCGUGCCAGAUGCAGUAUAACUCUGAUCUUAGAUCCAACUAGACACACUGUAUACAGCGCCUUCAGAAAGUCUUCACACCCCUGGACUUUUUACACAUGUUGUGUUACAGCCUGAAUUUAAAAUGGAUUCAAUGUCACUGGCCUACACACAAUAAUACCCCAUAAUGUCAAGGUGAAUUUAUGUUUGUAUACUUUUUUAGUCCGUAAGUAUUCAACCCCUUUAUUAUGGCCAGCCUAAAUAAGUUCAGGAAUAAAAAUGUGCUUACCAAGUUGCAUGGACUCAGUCUGUGUGCAAUAAUGCUGUUUAGCAUGUUUCUUGAAUGACCACCUUAUCUCUGUACCCCACACAUACAGAUAAUUGUAAGGUCCCUCAGUCGAGCAGUGAAUUUCAAACACAGAUACAACCACAAAGACCAGAGAGGUUUUCCAAUGCUUUGCAAAGAAGGGCACCUAUUGGUAGAUGGGUAAAAUAAAAAAGCAGACAUUGA